CACUCAGCCAUGAUAAAGAGAGGUUUCCAGGUGGCAGCAAGAUUUGGCCACCACAAACCUCUCCCCAGGAACCCCCAGAUCCUGCCCAGACUCCACCUGGUCUCAGCAUUUGGAUCCUCCACAGACUCCCUGGUCGCAAGAUUCUGUCCAGAGAAGACAGAUUUUAAGGAUUAUGCCCUUCCUAAUGCUAGCUGGUGUCCAGACAUGCUGAGCUUGUACCAAGAAUUUCUGGAGAAGACCAAGUCGGACAGCUGGAUCAAACUGCCCUCCUUCAAGUCCAACAGAGAACACAUCCGAGGGCUGAAGCUUCCAUCCGGGUUGGUAGUCGCUUCAGACAAAAGUGACCAGCGCAUCUUCACCAGGUGCAUCCAAGAUGAAGGACAAGGCUAUGAAUACGUCAUCUUUUUCCACCCGUCCAAGAAGAAGUCAGUCUGUCUUUUCCAACCAGGCCCCUACCUGGAGGGGCCACCUGGGUUUGCCCAUGGAGGGUCGCUGGCAGCCAUGAUGGAUGAGACCUUUUCUAAAACUGCCUAUCUGGCUGGAGAGGGGCUGUUCACCCUAAGUCUCAACAUCAGGUUCAAAAACUUGAUCCCGGUGGGCUCUCUAGCUGUCCUGAAUAUCCAAGUAGAAAAGAUUGAAGACCAGAAGCUUUACAUGUCCUGCAUCACCCACAGCAGAGAUGAGCAGACCGUGUAUGCCAAGUCCUCAGGCGUUUUUCUGCAGCUGCAGCUGGAAGAAGAGUCACCCCAGGAGCAAUGACUACGGCUUCAGCAGCACUG